AUUAAAAUAUAAAAGUAGUGAAGUUGCGACGUGACUCUUUGAUUCCAUUACUCGAAUCGUUACUCAAGUUAUUUCACCUCCUCCUUCUAUUUCUCCAGCUUUUACUAUUUCGUCCCAAAUCAGAACCAGAUACAGUUUCGGCAGAAGCAGACCAAAGGUUCAACUCAGAAUCUGGGCCGUGAAGUGCUUGUCCCUGGUCCAUAGGAUCUGAUUUGGGACAUAAAGGUAGCACACUUUCUUUGCCGGAAACGUUAAAAAUAUCGAGCUUCCAUGUCUGGGAAACAAUCUUCAUCGUCGACACCAACUAUAGCUGCUCGAGAAGUUGAUCCGUCGUUGCAGGAUUUGAAUGAAAAGAAACAGAGUUUUAGACGCAACGUGGUGUCGUUAGCGGCGGAGUUGAAGGAGCUUCGUAGUCGUCUUUCGUCGCAGGAACAAUCAUAUGCCAGAGAAACUCUAACAAGACAGGAAGCAGAGACAAAUGCCAAGAAUAUGGAAUUGGAAAUUGGCAGGUUGCAGAAGAAUUUGGAACAAAAAGACCAGGAGCUUCAGGCUUCAGCUUUCUCUACUGAGAAGUAUCUGAAGCAGUUGGAUGACCUUAGAUCACAGCUUGUAGCAACGAGGAAAACUGCUGAUGCAAGCGCUGCAUCAGCUCAAUCAGCGCAGCUUCAAUGUUCAGAACUUGUAAAAGAACUAGAUGAGAAAAAUGGUUCACUGAGAGAGCACGAGGCUCGUGUCCUAAGGUUAGGGGAGCAACUGGACAAUUUACAGAAGGAUCUUCAGGCAAGAGAAUCUUCACAAAAGCAAUUGAAAGAUGAAGUUUUGAGAAUUGAGCACGAUAUUAUGGAGGCUCUUGCAAAAGCCGGAGAGAACAAGAACUGUGAACUGCGGAAAAUCUUAGAUGAGGUUUCUCCUAAAAAUUUUGAGAAGAUGAAUAAGCUUCUUGUUGUUAAGGACGAAGAAAUAACAAAACUAAAGGAUGAAAUUAAGAUCAUGUCCGCUCACUGGAAGCUAAAGACUAAGGAAUUAGAGUCACAGUUGGAGAAACAGCGGCGUACUGAUCAGGAGCUGAAGAAGAAGGUGUUGAAGCUGGAAUUCUGUCUACAGGAAGCUCGUUCCCAAACACGAAAACUCCAAAGGAUGGGUGAUCGACGGGACAAAGCUAUUAAAGAACUGAGAGAUCAAUUAGCGGCAAAGCAACAAAGAGAAAUUGUGGGUACAGAUAAGCAUAAUCAGAAUUUCUGGGACACGUCUGGAUUCAAAAUCGUGGUCUCUAUGUCCAUGUUGGUCUUGGUGGUAUUUUCAAGGCGUUGAAUCCAAAAAAAUUCUUGUGUAUAGAGUUACCUAUAUACUUUAGCAGACUAGAGAACUUGUAGAAGCCUUUUUGGGAUGUAGCAAUGCAGUUUUAUAGAUAAACUAGUUUUAGCUUUAGCUUGUGCAGUAUGUACAUGUAGCAUUAGCAUCACAAAUUUUCCAGUGAUCCAGAAAAUACAUCGCAGACAGUAGUUGCGUUUUCUCAUUUAUUUAUGGCGCCAUUACUAUUAUUUGUUGUGCUAGUUGAGCUUAGUUCAUGCAUUUCUCAGAAAAGAAAGUGAUGUGAUGGUUCUUUUAACGUGAUCAUAAUGUU